AUGGCCACUGCACUCGAUUUCCCCGGUAAUUGUACGACGAAUGUGUAUACACUUAAUGAUUUUGGCGAGAUUGCUUAUAUUGUUUGCACCGUCGCCAAUCCCCCAAACCAGGAUCACUCAGUGUUCAGCAAUACGCCAGAAAACAUACUAGCUCGUCUCAGAAGAACAGAACGACAAUUCAGAGAUGCGUCAAUCCUUGCUGCACUUGAUAUCGAAGCACUUCAACUGUUUACGUUUUAUAAAAAAGUCGAUAUCGCAAAUGCCAAAGACCAGAAGACUUUGCUAAGCAAAUUCGGCUUUGUCCUUCGAAGCAAUACCUGUACCAUCGCCUAUAAGACUGCAGCACGGCUUCCAGACUUGAUGAAACCAGAUCAGUCUCGUCUCUACCGGUUAUUUACCACUGCGAUCAUCUCUAGCCUCAAGAUUUCUCCAUCAAACGAAUGCGAACUUCAAUCCCUGGGGCCAAAUCUGUACUUGGCCGAGCACAUGUCAUCCGGAUCAGAUGUCCAUGAGUUCAACUCUUUGAGUAAAUGGAUUCUCCAUCGCGUGGAUCUCCAGGUCAUCCCAAGUGGCCAUAUUAUUUUGACAAUUGCCAGAGAUCAUGACUUGUCGUUUAUGAGACUGACAGAUGCUCUAUCACAUGGUGGACUUUCUGCAAGAACAGCAAGAUCCAUGCCUCUCUAUCUGGCUCCUGUUGGUAUCAUCGCUCGUCUCGAUACUUCCUGCCUUAUGGAUCUUGAUUCUCCCAUGGAAGAUUGCGUCCAAUCACCAGGUGAUGAGUCGUCGACUGCCCGAAAAGAAGUAUGGAAAGAAAUGCUUCCGUUGUGGCUAAAAGAUCGGAUCAAUUUUGCAGCUGAUCUCAAAGACUCCCUCUGGAUAGAAGUACAGGUUCCUGUUCGAGGGGAUGAUGCGCAAGCGGAAGAAGGUUCACAGGAUUCUUCCUCAGAGCCUGUAAUAUUCGAAUCAAUUUCGUGGAGGACUGUAUUUUGGCCUGCCAAACUUUGCUUUCUUCAGCACACAAAGCAAGAAUCAUUUCAGGAGAGCACGGAUGAAAUCGACGAUCCCCUCCAAUUCGUACAAACCUGGAUCAAUGGGACAGUAGAGGUCUCGGCCACAAACACAUCGCAGACCCAGCAGAACAUGUUUGAGGACGAGGACGAACCACUUUUCGCCGAGGAUGGUACUUUUGACGAUCCUGAGCACUUUCAGCCAUUCGGUCCACCAGCAUUUCCAGCCAGCCAAACGAUUUAUCCAACCCCGCCGGACGCCCUCAUGACCCAUGCGACGCCAGGUCUAUCUGUAGACGGUAUCCCGGUAACACCGGCGAACGGCCAUCAUCACAAUGCUACGACACAAUCAGGACAGGAUGAGGAAAUGCCCGAUUUUGACGUUUCCCAUACCUCUGGCACAGGAGCUGGAUACUACGACGAGGACUUAUUUGACGAGAUGCCGGAUGACAAUUUUGGUCAAGAGGGUAACGGAGACGAGCCAAAUUGGGACUUCUUCGAUGACCCUGGGAUGGAUACAAAAGAUGCCUCGACAGGCGUACAGCGGCAGCUCAACGAUGUUUCUAUGACUGGUAAUAACGGCAACGAUGUUGGCGAUCACAAUUACAAGGCAGCUGAAGACAUUGAAAUGUCUCCUACCGACCAAAGAACGAAACCCGAGCAGGUCGCAACUAGUGCAACAGGUGAAAGUACUGUAGACACACUUAAAAAGUUGGACCUCCCAUCGCAGGCCACUAUAAUACCAGAGACCGACUCACAGGCAACACAGAUGGCUCCUCCAACAUCUCCAAAGCAACAAAUCAUCUUCGAAGAGCCCAUGCCCAAAGGCAGCCCACAAUCAAACAAUGACCGCCGUCGCUCAAGCGUCUACGACGGACUGCAAUCCGUUGCAAUCACGUCCGACCGCGACAGCAGAUACGCGUCCGACGGCACCUAUUGGUUCGAUCCCAGCCCAACCACCACCAACCCCAAAACCGCUCUGAAACAGAGCGCAAUCUAUCAGAUGAUGCCUGGAAGCCCCUCGGGUAGUGACGAUAGCUCACUCAGUAGUUACCCAAUGUCACUCGACCAUGGCAGCGCAAAUAACUGGGCAGCCUCAGGGCUCUCGCGGCAAUGGACCGAAUACCACGUCGAAUCUCCAGCCGGGAACGACUUGCACAACGACGACGAUAAAGCAGCGAUAAAGCAAGAAAUACAGCAGUUCUUGAACUCGCUGCCGAAUGGACUCAAAACACCUCCUCUCGCAACAGAUUUUGCUGUGUCCAAGCGUGUCCGGGAAAUCCCAGUCAUGUCGAACCAGAAAUUCCUCCAGGUCGCUCACAUUCUUGUCGAACAAGUUUCUCAAACAUCUCUCAUUCCACAUGCAGAGCACCUGGACCAUCAAGCAAUACCGGAUGAUCAGCUAGACGUCCACGCUGACCUCAGCGGCAUCAACACCUCUGCCUCGUCAUCCAGCCUUUACCAAUUGGUGAAUCUCAGAUCAGAGAGUAAUCAAUCCAGGCCACACGGAAGAAUCACUAAGCUCGCUUCACCACAAGUCCAUGUGCGACGCGCCGAACAGCCGCUAACGGCAUCAACCUCGAUCCUUGGGUUCUGGGAUAUCCUCAAUCUCCAACCGGAAAACGGUGCCAAGGAUGUGACGGCAUUCUGUAUCCAUCCCGAUGCACGAACUGUAGUCGAUGGCUGUUCCAACUUCUUGCAGCGGAUGAAGGAUGCAUACAGCGCAUGUGCUCUUGGUGCACACUCGACCGGCAAUAUUGCAGGUUUGACGAAGACUGGUCUUUUGGCAUGGAAUUUGAAUGAAUCACACCAGGCCAAUCUUCGUUCAAUGUCCAAACGCCUUGGAAGUGCUCUGGCCGCGGCUUCUGACCUGAAAGGCAUGAUAGUUGUGUACAUGAUCAGCAAGUCAGACAGAAUGACUGACUACCUGGAGACGUGUUACGCGUUUCACACCUUGUUCGAGUCAUUCGUACAAGCAACCACAGACAAGAAGAAUGUCACAGAUAUCGCGUUGCAAAUCAUCCCAAUGAGCUUUGUCGCAGAUUCAGAAACCCUGGUGAUUCCUGCUCAGGGUGCAUACCUCAAGCUAGCGCUGGAGGUCUACAACCGUGUUCCGCCGCCACAGUCAGAAGCAGCACCCCCACCAGGGAUCUGUGCCUCCGCAGCCAGUAUUGCAAUGACGGAGGCUUCCGUCCACUUUCGACUUACCACCGAGGUCAGCUCACCACUGUUUCAACACGGCUCAUGUCUCCAUGUCGCGUACUCUACCAGUGAUGACGGUCGGUGGAUCACCGCUGCUUGGACCGAUGCAUGUGGCAAGCUUGGUCUGACGAUGUCCUAUUGUACGCAAAUAUGGAGCUCGAGUCCGAAAAGGCAGCGACAGGAUAUAUUCAAGGAGAUAUGGGAGAUUUCGCACGAUCUGAUCGGCAAGGCGCAAAGUACUUGGCGGUUGUGUGUUGCGAAAACCGACGUCUUUGAUUCCGAGGAACUGGACGAAUGGCGAGAGGCGACUGAAGGAUCGUCCUCAAACAAGAAGAAAUGUGUGCUGGUGUUGCUAUCCGUACGGAUAUAUUCAAUGUUGAAAAUGGUGCCACCUCCUGGCCUAGGAAGGACUGGUGGGCCCAACAUGUAUGGAACACCUGCAUCAACACCACAAGCUGGUGGUAUUACGUCGCCAGAUCAGUUGGUCCCGGCUACUCCAACGCCUGGUGGUAGUGGGAUUGUGAAUGCGCCCACCCCACCCGAACACGGCUAUGAUCCGAAUGCCGACAGCGAUCUCACAUUGAUGGACCCUGCCGAGGAGAGCUGGUCCAUUGUCCUCCCAUACGGCAUCAAUCAAACGACCAACAUGGUGGAACUACGUCCUUCGACACUCACCGGACUAUUGAUGAAACGGAAAGGCGUGAAAGGCGAGGAUGGACACACGUCAAUUGAAGUCAGCUUGUUUCAAUCAAUCCAACCUAAUCCACCUGUGGAUGAACCGUGGACGGAUGAACUUCUCGAAGACAUCAUCAGACAGUAUCGAGGACUGGUCACACUGAGUGUCACACGAGGCUGUAUUCGACCCAACCUCGAUUGUCUUCCAUGGCAUAUUGCGACGGCGAAAAGGGGUGCGUGCGUGCUUGGGCAAGUAAUGUGA